UCGUCGCGGAGACGUCAUUCGCCCGCGACAGUACCGGCUCGCAGGUACGGGGAAGUGAUCCCUCUCGCGGCGUGGCUUUCUAGAUCGGUUCCCUGUCGCCGCAGCCUCUGACCUGGGAGCGACGAGGAAAGCGGCGAGAUGACGGACCGCUACACCAUCCACAGCCAGCUGGAGCACCUGCAGUCCAAGUACAUCGGCACGGGCCACGCCGACACCACCAAGUGGGAAUGGCUGGUGAACCAGCACCGCGACUCCUACUGCUCCUACAUGGGCCACUUCGACCUCCUCAACUACUUCGCCAUUGCGGAGAAUGAGAGCAAAGCUCGAGUCCGCUUCAACUUGAUGGAGAAGAUGCUGCAGCCUUGCGGACCGCCAGCCGACAAGCCCGAGGAGAACUGAGGUCCCGCCCUGUCAGCGCUGUGCGGGAGAGCACCGGUGUUCCUCCCGUUUGCCGUCACUCCCGCGUGCCCCUGACCCAAGUGGACCGAUUCUGCAUGCCUCCGGCGUCUCGUGCUCUCCCCGUACAGACGUGCUUACUCCGGGCGUCUCUCCUGACCUGCCUUCGUGUGGACCCUCGGAACACAGGGUUGGGGAAACGGUCAGGGCCCCUGCGAACUGUGACCUUGGCGACCCUAAAGCCUGCGAGCGUUGGGGGAGACGGCACUGGAGUGUGACGGAAUAGGGAGGCUCGCUUUUGGCUAGUUGAUUGUCGCUGUUGAUUUUUCCAUAAAGUUGAGAAAAUGUUCAA